AGCCAACGGCUUCUGGGUCUGGGGAUCUCUUUUUUAUCCCCUCUUUCCUUUCCUCCAUGGACUGGAGUUCACCUCCUCCAGUUCCGCCACGACUCCCCGUGGUCCACUAGGCCCCCCCUCCCCCGGCCGCUUCGAUCCGCCGCGAGGCAACAGGGGUCCGGCUCCAAUGCGGGCCCCCCUUCCGGUUCCUUGGGCUCGAGUCGGGAUUCCAGGAGCGAGCGAGCUCUGAAGCUUUCUAGGGAUUUUGCUAGGGUUCUUGUUCUUCUUCUUCCUCCGUCCAAGUUCGUCGAAAUAUUUUCUGUUUUGAUUUUUUGUUGUUGUUGCGUUGCGUUGUUUUCCCACGACGAGAUUGUUGUUUUUCUCUGCUCGUUGCGUGGGGAAUCGGGGGUCGAAAAGAAAAAAAAGCUGCGUUUUUUUGUGCGCUUUCGAGGUGCCACUUUUGUGGUGCUGUUGUUUGGUUCUUGAUGGGGGUUUAGUUUAGGGUUCUUGCUCCGUCUUGCGAGCCUUUCGAUUUCAUCGGAUUUCCUGCCAAUUUGAUCUGGUAGCUUCACUCUUGCUCCGGCGAAUCCCAACCGCAGUCCGCCCGGAAUUCCUGAAUUUUGCUGUUCCAGCUUGUUUGCCGGAGAGGCUCCAGAAUCAUAAACUAGAUUCCAAGUUUUGGCAGUUUCCAUCGGGUUUCUUGGCCUCCAGUAGCUCCAAAUUUGACCAAAGCUGUUGCUUUUGGCGUCAUCCCCAACUUACAUAACUAUGGCCGCCGCUGCCUCGGAGCCGCCCAUGGUGGAGCAAGUGAUCACUGAGUUCUUCGCCAAGAGCCUCCACAUCAUCCUGGAGUCACGCUCUCCAUACGAAUCAUCACGCAGCUUCAUGCGGCCCUCACCGCCGUCUUCGCCGCUGUCCGGCAGCCAGCCGCGUGACCGGUGGUUCAACCUUGCUCUCCGAGACUGCCCGGCCGCACUUGAGAACUUCGACCUGUGGCGACAGAGCAACCUUGAACCACUGGUUAUUGACAUUGUGAUGCUGCACCGUGACAGUAGCAGCAGCAGCACCGCUGAGGGUGGCAAGAUCAUUGAGAGGUGGGUGAUACAGUAUGAAACCAGCAAAUCUGGCAUUGGUAGCAGUCAUGGCAGUAAGAACAGGAAGUCUAGGAACAGCUCGUCUGAGGAUCACAGCUUGUACAGGAGAGCAUACAAGGGCUCAACACUGUUAUUCCGGUCACUGCAUCUGCUUGUUAGGCUCUUGCCAGCUUACAAUCUCUUCAGGGAUCUGAACUCAUCUGGGAGAAUCCGACCACUGAACCUGUCACACAAGAUAUCAUCAUUUGUCGAACCGUUCACCAGAGCAGAGGAUGCAGGGAUGAAGCACUAUGCAUUUGUUCCAAUUGAAACUCUGUUUGGCCACCUGAGCUUGUCAGUUUCUUAUGCCCCUGUGUUGGAGGUGGUGGCAGCACCAGAGCCAACCAGGCCCAUGCCAACAGAGCUUAUACCGGAUUACGUCGGGAGCCCCACAACAGACUUCCUGAGACAAUUCAGUUCCUUGCCUUCAGAUGGCAUUGCACCUGCUUGUGCUGCAAUGACCAGGCGUCACAGUUGGAGUAUCGACCAUGCAGCUAGAUCAUCAGGAUCACCAUCUCCUUCUUCAAUGAAUUCAGAACCCCGUGGACGCCUACAGCCACAUGUGCUUAUGCAUGAUAAUCCUCAAACAGCACGCCCACAUCCAAAUAGCACAUUAUCCCCUAGGAAGAAAAAAGGUACAGGAUUUGAAGAAUACUAUCCGUCACCACCCUUGUCACCAUCACCAUCCCGUUCCCCUUCAGCUAGCUACCCAAAAAAUCCUUUGUUCCGAUAUGAGAGUGCUCCUGUGGUUAUUCCCACUGUGAGGGAUGGCGGAGGUAGUGCGCUACCACCUUCUCCAUCUUUGAAGGGUAAACACCAGCUGCCAUCUCAAAGUUACAACCUGACACUAUCUCCUGACGGUAACUCAAAUGUAGGGAAGGAUUUGGUCAGGUUUGGUGAGUAUGACAAUAAGAAAAACUUGCAAAAGGUGCUAUCUUCUGGUAAAGAUGAUUUGGGAUAUUUUCACGGACUGAAGUUCACUCGGACCUCAAGCAAACUUUUUAUCAUGGAUGAACUGGACGAGCGAGAGUUGGCAUUUGUAUGGGAAGAUAGAGAUACCAUAAUUGAUCAACUUAACAGGGCUGGCAUCUCGGACAGUGGGGGCCAAGGGACGAACCAGGACACUGGAGGCUCGAUGACGAGGACUCCAGCAGCAGCCAUCUGUGCUUUGCUGGGUAUGCUGAAGACGGCUCAGGGCCUCGGGGAAAGCCGUCCGUCGAUCGCAGCUCCUCCUCCCCCAGUUCCUCAAGAAUCUUCUUCGGUCCAGAGGGUCAUGACCGAGGAACGCUGCGACACCACUGCUGCACCGAACUCUGCUCUCCUGCGAGCAAGGACGGCAGCGGACGCGCUGGAGGAGCUGAAGAAAUUCAAGGAGAUAAAGGAAUCGAUACUCGGUCGCGCCAAGGCCUCGCCCCGGGAUGCCAUGGAGGGGCAGAAACCCGCGGAUCGAGAUCCUUAGCCGUACCGUACAGUAAGACGACGAAAGGGAAGAAGACUCUGUGUACAUAUGUAGUACUCCUACAAGCUAGCUGACAAUCCCCUCCCAUGCCUUUGUAGCUGGUAGCUACUGGCAUGUGGCCAAAAUCUAUAUGUAUAAUAACCUAAUGACAUAUAUAUAAAACAUAUAUAUGUGAAAUACCCAUCCAUCCAUCCAGCUGCUCUUGAGAUGAGGACCCAUUCAUAUGGGGUUCUGUGUAAAGUUUGAAAACCGAAAUGCUUAGCUGCUCAAUCAAAGUUGUCCAUCCAUCCAUUUUGCUGAUGGAUGUUAA